GCACGCGCGCUCCAAUCGCAAGGGCUAUUCAGCCGCCGCACACAAACAGUCACGGACCGACGGGUUUAAAGAACUGAGGAUUUAAAUUAAAUACCGAGUGUGAGAGACGUUGAGCCUUGGGUGAGGGAGGGAAAGAGACUGAUUUGUAUCUUCCCCAGAUCGGGAGGGGGAGGAGGCACGGAGAAUGAGCUAUUAUUGUACCAGCACAGAGGCUGUGUGUAAUAGCCAGGACGCACCUAACGCCAGUGCGAGGAAAGCAGCUACUAAUAAUACGAACCGUGGCAGCGAAGGUCUCGAGAGCAGCAGCAGCACUAGUUCACGGCAGUCGCAACCCCAACCGCUCGUGGCCAUGAAAGUGAAGAAAGGCUGCAACUCGACAGAUGCUGGGGUCCCGGUUACAAGUGAAGACGAGUUGCUAAGAAACCCCGUAAUAUCCCCUGAGGAUGUACUUGGGUUACAAAAGAUCACCGAAAACUACCUAUGUUCCCCAGAGGAGAACGUUCACAUGAUCGACUUCACACGGUUCAAGAUCCGAGACAUGGAGACAGGGACGGUGCUGUUUGAGAUCACUAAACCCCCUGUACCUGCAGGCGAAAAGAAGGAUUUUGACCCCAACGGAGGCCGCUUCGUCCGUUACCAGUUCACCCCUGCCUUCCUGCAGCUGCGCCAGGUCGGCGCCACUGUGGAGUUCACUGUGGGAGACAUGCCCAUCAACAACUUCAGGAUGAUUGAGAGGCACUACUUCAGAGAGCAGCUCCUCAAAAGCUUUGAUUUUGAGUUUGGUUUCUGUAUGCCCAGCAGCAAGAACACCUGCGAACACAUCUACGAGUUCCCCCCUCUGUCAGAGGACAUCAUGCGCGAGAUGAUCCUGCACCCAUACAAAACGCAGUCCGACAGCUUCUACUUUGUGGACAACAAGCUGGUGAUGCACAACAAGGCAGACUACUCCUACAGUGGGAGUCCGUAGGAGCACAGGACUUCCCUAGACACCUAGACCCAAUCCAACUCUAACCCACCCCACCAUAGGACCAUGGACAGACAGACAGACAGACAGACAGACAGACAGACAGACAGACAGACAGACAGACAGACAGACAGACAGACAGACAGACAGACAGACAGACAAACAGACGUAUGGACGGACUGACAGGUCACAAGCAGCAGGACUGAUGGACAGCCUCGCACUCUCAGCAGCUUUAUUUUCUCCAAUCAGAAUUCCUCCAUUGCUUGUUAUCCCCUCAAUUGCAUUCCCCUACUCCAGUCUCUUUCAAUGACCUCUCAACUUUCUGUGUCUGAUAGAGAGUGUUAUAGAUGUGUACACAGUCUAGCAUACAUAAACACACACAGACCUUCGCUAUGGGACACGUCUGAUGUGGCCUGAUCUAGACAAAAUAAAAGCACAACCAGUAGAGUAUAUAAGGGCCUGUAACAAUGAGUGAGAUUGAAUGUCUAGUCAGUGAGUUCUCAGUCAGUCAGCUAAAGAAAAAAAGAGAAAGGGAGAGAGAGAUAAGAAGAGACAGAAAAAUGAAGAGAGCGAGAAAGAGAGAUAGAGUGUCUGCUUUUCUGCACAUCAUCUCAUUGACAUUUACAGUACCAGUCAAAAGUUUGGACACACCUACUCAUUCAAGGGUUUUACGUGACUAUUUUCUACAUUGUAGAAUAAUAGUGAAGACAUCAAAACUAUGAAAUAACACAUAUGGAAUCAUGUAGUAACCAAAAAAGUGUUUAAAAAAGUUGCCACCCUUUUCCAGUAUGACAGGUUUGCACAUUCUUGGCAUUCUCUCAACCAGCUUCAUGAGGUAGUCACCUGGAAUGCAUUUCAAUAACAGGUGUGCCUUGUUAAAAGUUCAUUUCUGGAAUCUCUUGCCUUCUUAAUGCGUUUGAGCCAAUCAGUUGUGUUGUGACAGGUUAGGGGUGGUAUACAGAAGGUAGCACUAUUUGGUAAAAGACCAAGUCCAUAUUAUGGCAAGAACAGCUCAAAUAAGCAAAGAGAAAUUACAUUCCAUCUUUACUUUAAGACACGAAGGUCAGUCAAUGCAGAACAUUUCAAGAACUAAAAGUUUCUUCAAGUGCAGUCGCAAAUACCAUCAAGUACUAUGAUGAAACUGGCUCUCAUGAGGACCGCCACAGGAAAGGAAGGCCCAGAAUUACCUCUGCUGCAGAGGAUGAGUUCUUUAGAGUUACCAGCCUCAGAAAUUGCAGCACAAAUAAAUGCUUCACAGAGUUCAAGUAACGGACACAUCUCAACAUCAACUGUUUAGAGGAGACUGCGUGAAUCAGGCCUUCAUUGUCAAAUUGCUGCAAAGAAACCACUACUAAAGGACACCAAUAAUAAGAAGAGACUUGCUUGGGCCAAGAAACAUGAGCAAUGGACAUUAGAUCGGUGGAAAUUUGUCCUUUGGUCUGAUUAGUCCAGAUUUGAGAUUUUUGGUUCCAAUCGCCGUGUCUUUAUGAGACGCAGAGUAGGUGAAUGGAUGAUCUCCGCAUUUGUGGUUCCCACCAUGAAGCAUGGAGGAGGAGGUGUGAUGGUGUGGGCGUGCUUUGCUGUUAUACUGUCAGUGAUUUAUUUAGAAUUCAAGGCACACUUAACCAGCAUGGCUACCACAGCAUUCUGCAGUGAUACACCAUCCCAUCUGGUUUGCGCUUAGUGGGACUAUCAUUUGUUUUUCAACAGGACAAUGACCCAAAACAUACCUCCAGGCCGUGUAAGGGUUAUUUGAACAAGAAGGAGAGUGAUGGAGAGCUGCAUCAGAUGACCUGGCCUCCACAAUCACCUGACCUCAACCCAAUUGAGAUAGUUUGGGAUGAGUUGGACCGCAGAGUGAAGGAAAAGCAGCCAACAAGUGCUCAGAAUAUGUGGGAAGUCCUUCAAGACUGUUGGAAAAGUAUUCCAGGUGAAGCGUGUUGAGAGAAUGCCAAGACUGUGCAAAUCUGUCAUCAAGGCAAAGGGUGGCUACUUUGAAGAAUCUAAAAUAUAUCAUAUAUUUUGGUUACUACAUGAUUCCAUAUGUGUUAUUUCAUAGUUUUGAUGUCUUCACUAUUAUUCUACAAUGUAGAACAUAGUAAAACAUAAAGAAAAACCCUUGAAGGAGUAGGUGUGUCCCAACUUUUGACUGGUACUGUAGCUAUUUAAACAACAGAGACAGACAGACAGACAGACCAGCUGUCUGUCGCAUUACCAAGUGACACAGACACACAAUUCUCUGACAUCAUCAAAACAUGUAUUCUAGUCGAGCAAGCAGAACCUAUAUAUUUCUACUAGGGUUCUGCUACUUUUUUUUACUCUUAAAGAAAGUCAAAAAAAGUUUCUUGAAUUUCUAAUAAAUAGCUAUUAGCUCUGAAUGAUUUGUUGUCCCUGAAAGGAACAGUCCUGCCGUUUGAUGAGGUUCUUUGUUGAUCACCAUACCAGUAGAAACCAGUUGAAUUGCAUUAGCAUACAGUACAUCGUAGAAUGGGACAGGUACUCUUUUAAUGUGAAUGUGUCGUAUUAGGGCUGGAAAAUUCCAACUUUUCCAAAAUUCCCUGGUUUUCCAGAAGUCCCUUUUGGAGGAUUCCUAGAUUUCUUAUUCCAGCCUGAUUCCAGGAAUUUUCCAACAUGGAUUUUUGGAAAAACUGGGAAUUUUAGGAAAGUUACUGGAAUUUUGCAACCCUAGUCGUGUUUAUUUACGUAUACUCAUAGUUUUAUCUUCUAAAGUAUUUUUUUAAGUAGCCACUUUGACGAGUUAAAAGUAGGCGAAGGAUAGUCAUAUAUGAACUCACAACCAGAUAUUCAUUUUGAUAUCCAGCUCAUAUUUAGUCUCAAGAGAUCUGCAGAUGUAUUUAUAAGAAAUGUGGUUAUUGUAAAUUUAAAUGAUGUAAAGUUUGGACAGUUGAAAUGCCACUCAGAGAAAUAAAUAUAUGUGAUUUUUUUGGGAAGUCUUGAAA